AAAAAAACUUUUUUUUUUCUGUUUUCUUCAACAACGUAUCCCUGUCGCCCUUCUUCUCUCCACCUCAGUUAUUAUGGCUUCCGUUAGUGCUGCUUUGAAAUCUCGCGUGCGUCGUCCUCAGCUUUUGAACAAGGUCAUGAAGGCCGAAGACACUCUCAAAUUCUUCAAAAACGGACAAUAUCUCGGUUGGUCCGGCUUCACCGGUGUUGGUUACCCCAAGAUGAUCCCUAUCGCGUUGGCAAAUCAUGUCGAAAAGAAUAAUUUGCAGGGCAAGAUGAAAUUCAAUUUAUUUGUGGGUGCUUCCAGCGGUGCUGAAUGCGAAGAUCGAUGGGCUGAAUUGGACAUGAUCGAUCGUCGCUAUCCCCAUCAAGUGGGAAGAAACAUCAAGCGAGGCAUCAAUGAAGGCCGUAUCCGAUUUGCUGAUAAGCAUUUGUCAAUGUUCCCCCAAGAUUUGGUCUACGGUUUCUACACCAAGGAUAAAGCCGAUAGCGAUAAACUGGAUGUAGUGAUUGUCGAAGCCACCGCCAUCACUGAAGAUGGUUGGAUUGUUCCUGGUGCCUCCGUGGGAGCUACACCUGAAUUGCUUCAAAUGGCCGAUAAAAUCAUCAUUGAAGUGAAUACCCGCAUCCCUUCCUUUGAAGGACUUCACGAUAUUACCAUGUGCAAUAUGCCUCCUCACCGCAAACCCUACCUGAUCAUGAACAGUCAAGAUCGUAUUGGCACCACCGCUAUUCCGAUCGAUCUUGAUAAAGUGAUUGCCGUCGUAGAAAGCGACCGUCCAGACCACACUGGUCCCAACUCUCCCGCCGACGCAAAAUCCCAAGCCAUUGCUGGUCACUUGAUCGAAUUCUUCGAACACGAAGUUAAGAUGGGCCGUCUUCCCGAAAAUUUGUUGCCCCUGCAAUCCGGUAUUGGUAACAUCGCGAACAGUGUCAUUAAGGGAUUGGCCGAAUCACGUUUCAAGAACAUCACUGUGUUUACCGAAGUGCUUCAAGAUACCUUCUUGGACUUCUUUGACUCUGAUAAGCUCGAUUUUGCCAGCGCCACUUCCAUUCGAUUCUCUCCCGAUGGUUUCGAUCACUUUUACAAGAACUGGGAAUCGUACAAGGAUAAAUUCUUGUUGCGUAGUCAGCAGGUCUCCAACUCACCUGAAAUCAUUCGUCGUCUUGGCUGCAUUGCCAUGAAUACCCCUGUCGAAUUUGAUAUUUAUGGUCAUGCCAACUCUACGAUGGUGUGCGGUUCCGGUAUGCUGAAUGGUUUGGGCGGUUCCGGCGAUUUCUUGCGUAAUGCCAAAUUGAGUGUGAUGCAUACGCCGUCCACCCGUCCUUCCAAGGUGGAUCCUCACGGUAUUUCCUGCGUGGUGCCAAUGGCUUCGCACGUCGAUCAGACUGAGCACGAUUUGGAUAUCUAUGUGACUGAACAGGGUCUGGCCGAUCUUCGUGGAUUGUGCCCUCGCGACCGUGCUCAGGUCAUCAUUGAUAAGUGUUCUCAUCCCGAAUACAAGCCAUUGCUCCAAGAUUACUUUGACAUGGCCACCAAGAAGUGCCUGGCCAGAGGCAUGGGCCACGAACCUCAGAUGCUCGACAAGGUCUUCAAGAUGCAUUCCAACCUCUUGGAAAACGGUACCAUGAAGAUUGACUCGUGGUAAACGACAAAAAAAAAUUAGAGAUUCACCAAUCUCGAAGGCCUUCCACACUACCAUUUCCUUUCCUUCCUUGCAUAAUCUGUACCAUAAAAGCACUUUCUUUCUAUUAUCGUAGAUUAUUUUUUUUUCUUGUAAUAUCCUAGAAAAUCCCUCUCAUCCAAUUUUUUUCUUUUGUAUUUAAAC